AUGUAGCUUGUGUUCCGAUUUUUUUUUAAAUGGUCGAAGCACAAUUUGAGAACCUCUGCACUGCUCGGCGCUUGACUUCAGUCUAUUAGCGUCUGUUCCAUGAUAAGAAUAUAAAUCGGAUUUCAAGCGUGACAUUUGAAGUGUCAGUUGUACGUCACAUUUCGAGAUUAUUGCUGAAUCGUGGGAUCUUGCUGCCAACGUGGCCGGCUGCGCAAAAUAGCAUAUGUGACUGAAAAAUAAAAGUAAUUACAUAAAUGGAUAUCGAUGUGUACGCGGUACGACGGUGAUUUCUGCAGUAAAAUAAAACCGCUUGAAGUGGCACAAAGUGUUCAUUGAAAACUCAAGCAUGCUCCUUAACAUGUAGUCGCUUGUGACGAUAACCUGAAAUAGGUUAAGAUCGGAUAGAUUUUUUUUUUUUAAUACUAUACUCAAUCACAAUUUAUGCGAGCUGUCACAAAAAUAGUGCUAACGAAGGAGAAAUUCGCGACAAUGAGGGCUAGAAGGAAUCUUGCCAUCUUUAUAGUGAUCAUGUUUCUUGUCUGCUGUGUGUUGAUCUAUCAAAUGAUGGAUCUGACACUUUUUCCACCUGGGCAGAGUUCUAAGCUUUCCAUAAAUGAUAAUCAGUGGCUUCAUUUUGAGGAUAGACUUGCAAAAUUAGAAAAGGACUUUGACAAACAUCAUAAAGUCAUGAAUGCUCUGCAGGAGGCAGCAAAAGUCAAACACAAUUUAGUACCAAAUAUGCAAUCAGUCAGCCACAUAAAUCAUUCUGACACAAUGAUUUCACGUUCAGGAAAAAGCCUCACGUGUAAUUUCAAUAUACGAAAAGUUCCAGAGGUUGACAUACAAAUGCUGGAAAUGUAUAAGCAAUUAGAAUUUGAUAAUCCAGAUGGUGGAGUCUGGAAGCAAGGCUGGAACAUUAUGUAUGACGAGAAGCAAUGGCAUCCUAACAGAAAAUUGAAGGUCUUUGUUGUACCUCAUUCACACAACGAUCCUGGAUGGUUAAAUACAUUUGAGAAAUAUUAUACUUUUCAAACAAGGAGCAUAUUAAAUAACAUGGUAACCAAACUAGGUGAGGACAGAAGGCGCAAGUUCAUUUGGGCAGAGAUAUCGUUCUUGAAACUUUGGUGGGAGGACCAGUCCAAAGCAAUACAGGAUGAAGUACGUCGUUUGAUACACGAUGGACAAUUGGAGAUUGUGUCUGGAGGAUGGGUAAUGCCAGAUGAAUCCGUGUCCCAUUGGAUAGCUCAGCUUACACAAUUGACUGAAGGUCACCAGUGGCUAAAAUAUAAUUUGGAUUACACACCAAAUUCAGGAUGGGCUAUUGAUCCUUUCGGCCUAUCUCCUACCAUGCCAUACCUUUUAAAGGGAUCAGGCUUGGAGAACCUCUUAAUACAGAGAGUUCAUUACUCAGUGAAGAAGAAACUAGCUAGGGAUAAAAAUCUAGAAUUUCGUUGGCGACAAUUGUGGGACAAUGACGGCUCCACAGAACUGUUUACUCACUGUAUGCCGUUUUACAGCUAUGAUGUUCCGCACACGUGCGGGCCGGAUCCGAAAGUGUGCUGCCAAUUUGACUUCUACAGAAUGCAGAACUUUGGUCUUAGCUGUCCAUGGAAGGUUCCACCGAAAACUAUAACCAAGGCGAAUGUGGCUGAACGGGCUUUACUCUUGCUAGAUCAGUACCGUAAAAAAGCACAGCUUUAUAAAACUGAUGUGGUGCUAGCGCCUUUGGGCGACGACUUCAGAUACACACAUCUCACUGAGUGGGAAGCCCAAUACGACAAUUAUCAGAGACUCUUCAACUAUAUGAAUGAAAAUCAGCACUUGAACGUCCAAAUACAAUUUGGCACUCUGAGCGAUUAUUUCGACGCGGUCAGGGAAAAACGCAGUUUAAGCGAAUUUCCAACUCUGUCCGGCGACUUCUUCACAUAUUCUGACAGAGAUGAUCAUUAUUGGAGCGGCUAUUAUACUUCCAGGCCUUUUCACAAACGACUGGAUCGCGUAUUGCUGGGUUCUUUAAGAGGCUCAGAAGCAUUGGCUGCUAUAGCUUGGGCUAAAGGCAACGACCAGCUAGUGGAGGGGAACCUCGCGUCUCGUCUAAGUAAGGCCAGAAUGUGGCAUUCUCUGUUUCAGCAUCAUGACGGAAUCACUGGAACUGCUAGAGACAAUGUUGUUAUCGAUUAUGCCCAGAAAACGAUAACCGCAUUGAAUAACUCGGCUCACGUGCUUCAACAAUCCAUAGCGCAUUUAUUGAAAACUCCACAAAUUGCACCCAUAGAUUUGGAAGCUACAUAUUUCUCAUUAGAUGAAACCAGGUUACAUCACACCAGUGCGGGUGAAAAGCAUGUCCUUAGUCUUGGAGCCGACAGUCCUUCAAGGAAAAUCAUUUUCUACAAUUCUCUCCCGAGGCAGAGGACGAAAGUACAAACUUUGAUUGUGUCGACGCCGUUUGUCAAAGUUACGGAUCGAAGAGGACAGAUUGUCAGAUGUCAAAUAUCGCCCGUUUGGAUCGGCCCAGCUGCAUUGUCGGCGGCUAGAUAUGAACUGUCCUUUUUAGUCACUGUACCAGGAUUUGGUAUUACUACAUACGUGGUUCACGCUUUGCACAAAGCGUCGUAUACUAGAGAAGUGUUUCCAGCCAACGUUACUAUCUUCAACACCGACAUCAACAGUUUUCUGUCGGUACCCGGUUUUAGUCAUUUGACGGUUUUACCGCAUACGCAGGAAUUCUCAAUCACUCAACUGCCGGAAUUAUCAGCCUCUUUCGGCAAGUCCGGUCUGUUGAAAGCGUUGAGAGUCGGCAAUUCCACGUUUCCUGUACACUUAGACUUCGUGAAGUACGGCACCAGGGGUUCCGGCAAGGACAAAAGCGGCGCGUAUCUAUUCCUGCCCGAUAAACCGGAACCAGAUCUGGUAUUUGUGGACAGCAGGACAAUCGUUCAUUUAGUGACUGGUCCUGUUCUGUCAAAAGUGUUUAUAGAACUGUCGCAUGUGCGGCAUACCUGUACGCUGUUCAAUUCGCCGGGCAGCGAUGGACUUGGAUUACAUAUACUCAAUGAAGUCGACAUAACCGAAACACAAAACUAUGAACUCGCGAUGCGCCUGAAUACCGACAUCGCAUCCGGUGAUCAAUUUUUCACCGAUUUGAACGGACUCAACAUGAUCAGAAGACAGAGAUUUCCUAAGCUCCCCACGCAAGGCAAUUACUAUCCCAUGGCAGCGAGCGCAUACAUAGAAGAUAAGAGAGUCAGAUUAACAGUUGCUACAGCGCAGCCGUUAGGAGUAGCCUCUAUGGCGUCUGGUCAACUCGAGAUUAUGCAAGACAGAAGAUUGCUUCAAGAUGACAAUCGAGGGUUGGGACAAGGUGUAAUGGACAACCUGUUAACAAACCAUAUGUUCACGUUAAUUUUGGAGAAGAAAGAGACGAACUGUCCCUCCACAGUACCACCAGCAAAUCAUCCCGCGGGACUGUUGUCCUUGAGUGGUCAUCUGGCAUUGGAAGAGUUACUGCAUCCAGUGGUAGCGUUGCAUCCUCACAACUCUCUGCCAUUCGAUCUGCAUGCGCAUUUCUCGCCGCUUCGAUACGAUCUUCCAGUAGACUUAAGCAUCAUUAGUCUUCGAGUAUUUCCGAUACCCGAGGGCGCCGGCAAAGGUAUCGGUAUGGUGUUGCAUCAACCUGCCUUAGAUAUGUGUUUCAACAAUCCUCUCCUACGACACUUCAACGUCUCGGAAUCGGGCGAGAUCGACUUAACGAAAUUUCUCAAUGACAUGGAAGACUGGACGAUAAGCAAAGCGCCCCUAACGUUCCACAAUGUUGGACCAUCUCUGAAGUCGCCCGUUAUAAACUUGUGUCCACAUCAAAUACUACCAAUUUUGUUUCACAAGACGCAGUCUUAAUCAGGAAGAAAGUAUUUAGCAUAAGUAAGUAUUGCUUUCUAUUUAUCCGCGUAAAUUUUGUUUACUCAAGAUCAUGUAAUCCAACUUCGCCGAAGCAGGUGGGCUCGUAUGGUCUAAUUUGUAUCUGUAACAACAUUAGAUAUGAUUCAAUAAUGGAUUGGAUUGGAUAAUUAUUCGUUUUAACGGACAUAGCUCCGAUUAUUUUGAUAUAUACACUCAAAGAUAAAGAUAUGAUGAUGGCAACUAUAUAAGGGACAACUACACGAGUUAUAUAUAAUAUAUAUAAUAUAUAUAUAUAUAUAUAUAUAUAUAUAUAUAUAUAUAUAUAUAUAUAUAACUCGUGUUAUAUAUACAUAUAUAUUAUAUAUGUAAUAUUAUAUAAUAUAUAUUAUACAUAUAAUUUAUUACAUUAUAUAUAAUUCUACAUGUAGGACUUGUGUAGUUGUAUAAUUGUAAUGUAUAUAUAUAGUUUAAUAAACUAUAUACAUUAAUUCUACAUACAAAAUUUAUAAUUGUUCUAUAUAUAUAGUUGCUGUUACUAUAUUUUCCUUUGAAUGUAUCAUGUAUGUUAUAGAAAACAUCUUUUUCAGUAAUCUUUUUAGUAACAAAAAGUUAAUUUAGUAAAUUUAUAACAUCGUGCGAUAUGCAUCGAUGUCUCAAUUUAGAAUAAAAAGACAUCAAAUUUUACUUAGGGGUCUUUGUUGAUCUUUUCAGCAUCUAUUAUUUUAGCAUAAAAUAAACUUAUCAGUUUAGUACUACAAAAGAUUUAAACUGAAUAUAUCCAUAAAUAUAAAUUUUUUGUUUCCAAAUAUUUCUCCGAGAAAAUAUAUUUAUAUCAUGUUUAGAUUUACUAAUGUUGUUAUUCCAUUGUUAAUGAUUUUUUAGUAAAUAAAAACUGACGGCUAAAAUUUACUAGAAAUUUGUUAGGAAGACGUCUUCGAUGUAUAUCGACAUAAAUCAAAGUUAAGAUUAUCAGGCUGUAUUCGUUAAAACGAAUAAUUAUUUUAAUAAUUGGAUUGUGUUAUCUUAAUUGAAAAUUUCACUCACAUAGUCUUACAUGCUAUAAUGUAUAUAAAUUAUGUAACUUAAAUUGCAAUUAUACAUUUAGUUAUGCAUUUCACUAUGUUGUAACUUAAACACAGUCAAACUGAAUCGAAAGACCCACUUUUCUUAAAAUUACACAUGUGAUGUGUAUUUAAGAUAUGUGUGUAUGUAUGUAUGUGCGUGCGCGCGUGUGUAUGUUGCGAGAAGAUUUCAAUAUAUUGUAAUUUAAUCGACUAAUUAUUUUUGUCGUUAACUUCUCUUAAUAGUUCUUAUAGCGAAACGCAAUAUAGAAGUAAAUAAUAGCAUAAUUUUAGUCUACCUCGUGCAUUAAUAAUUAUUACCUAAAGCAACAAAAAUUUUAAGAACAAAAUUAUCAUUUGUUUGUAAUAACUUUUUUAUUUUAUUGACUAAUUUUAUUUUUAUUGUGAUUUAUAUUUGAUAUUUCAUUUAUGUCAAUUAUAUAGAUACUCAAUGAUUCCUGUGAUUUAGUAAAUCUUUUAAUUGGUAGGUCUACAAUAAAGAAUGUAAUCCUAAUAUUUUAUGUAUGUGCAUUUAGUUUUGAAAAAGUAUUUUCUUGACAUUAAAUAGGCUGCAUUAUGACUCAAGAUACUAUUAAAAAUUUAAAGUGACUGAAUAUAUUGUGAAUAAGUAAAACGAAAACGGCACGUAUUCUCACCAUAUAUUUAACAACUCUAACUUUUUGAGCCUUCUGUUUGUCAUACAAAAAGAACCACUUCAAUAUAAAUACAAAAUAUUAUAUUCAGAGUAGGUAACUUGAGUGAGAAUACGGACCAAUGUAAUAGAAUUUCUUUAUCAGAAUAAAUAAUUUAAUACUAGUCAAUUAUAGAUCGUGAAAAUAGAUAUGAUUUACAAUUUUAUAUGCUUCUGUACUACAUUGUACAUAAACUAUUAGGAACAUUAAACAAUUUUAAAACAAAUGUAUACAUGUAAAUGACUACAAGAUAUCAUUUAUGUACAAUGUAGCACAAAGACUUUUAACAAUUAAUAAUGAUCAAAGAUAUUACUAAUGAUGUGAAUGCUGAUAUUUGCAUUAGUACUUGUAGAGUUCUCCUUACCCAAGGGCAAAGAAAAAUUGUAUUGCCGUUGGAUUGUGCGCGAAAACAGUCAAGACAACUUUUUGCAUUUGGUUCUGACUUGCCAUAGAUUCCAAGGCCGACAUCAUAAAACGGCCAAGUCCUUUGCGCCUGAUCAAUGGCUCUAAUUGUAACUCGUAACUACACAUGUAAAUACUUAAUUUUUUUCUAGACACA